AUGACUGAAGAAGAUUAUAGUUUGGUGACAAGCAGAGUCCGAAGAGCCAAUGCAGGCUCACGAUUGCGGCAGUUGAUUGAGCUUGAGGAACAGAGCACUGAAGGAGUUUCACUGGGGGUGUUUUCCAAUGAGGACGAUGAGAAUGUCAACCUUCUUUUCCAGGAAGCAGCCAGUGACGAUGAGUACGAAGAGGACGAGGACGAGGAAGGCUCAGAUGCAAGUGCUGAUGAAGUCACAAAUACAGAUCAUGGCGCAAAAGCAGAUGAAGAUGUAGAUGAAGAGGAAGAGAAUACUGGUGGUGAUAAUGAAGUCGACAAAGAUACUGACAAUGAUAACAAUAAUCUUGACGACGACACCAAUCGAGAUGAUAUACUUUCUGAUUCAGAUAUAUCUGCCAGUGAUUCAGAUGAAAGUGAAGGUGAAAGAGAACUUCAGAACCAGGAGAGACGUAAGAAACGGCUAGAUCGAAAGAAGAAUUUGAUACCGACAAUAAAGACUCCAAAAACUCAAGAACAACGAGAGGCCCAAGCUCAAAAGCAGAAGCAGAAAAAGUCCCAUUUAGUUACUUCUGAUAUCUUGCUAUAUUCAGAAAGACGUUCCUCUUCUAGAUCUUCAGCAGUGAACAGCAAACAAGCACUUGUGAAGAAGCUAAAGGAAAGUGAAGAACGAAGAGCAAAGUUUGUUCCAGUUGUGAGAACUAAAGAAGUACAAUUAACACAAGAAGAUAGAUUAAAAGUUGCUCUUGAGACAGAAAAGGCAAACAUCAUAGCCUUGAAUCAAUUCAAAGAACAAGAAAUCGUAAAGAAGGAAAGACAGAAACAAUUACUUCUUGCUAGAAGACAAGUAUUAACAAAUGUUAUAAGAUAUACCAGCGAAGAACUGCUUGUAUAUCCUUGGGAUGAGAUAAAAGAUGCUAGACAUGUGAGAAGUUUGUUCAACAAACCAAAAAGAAGAAUAGGUCGUAGGAAGAAGUUAGAUAACAACAAUGAUAACAAGCCUGAAGAUCUGUACCCUGGUGCUGUGGAUACAAGUCUUCCCUAUUAUAAGCAAGAAAUGGAGCAAAAGGCCAAACAAGAACAGCUUGCUCGAGAAUCAGAACAAUUGUUGAAGAUGGAAGUUGAUACAGAAGGCACUUCAGCUGAUUUAAAGAAAAGUGAAGAAGAAGCUAGCUUUGAAAACAAACAGGUCACCAUUUCAGAGGGCUUAGAUGUUAAUGAACAUUCAAUGGCAGAAGAAAAAAGUACCGAAAAAGAGAAGAACACAACUGAUGAAAUCGAAGUACAGGAAGUAAAAUUAGAGCAGGAAGAGAACGGAGAAGCUAAAUCAAAAGAAGACGAUGGACCUACUGAAGCCGAUGGUCAUACUGAAGAGAAUAGAUCCAAAGAAGCGGAAGAAAGAACGUUAGAAGAUGAAUCCAGUGAACACAUUAAAGAAGACGAAGCAUCCAUAGAAGAAGAAGAAGCAAAAGAAUUUGAAAUAUCAACAGAAGAAGAAAGAACAGUUACAAAAAUAGAUACUGAGAAACCCAAUAUAAAGAGUGAGGAACUCUCCAAUUUUCUGGAAAUGAACAAAGUUAUUAUCAAUGUUGAAAACGAAGACCAACCACCAACUACCAAUGACACAUUCGCUAAGAAUGAAGAAGGUACUGACCUUGAUGCAACUGAAUCAGAAGGAAAAAGACCAAGGGAAGACGAAUCUUUAACAGAGGGGAAUGGCUCCUCCACAACCACCAAGAGGGUCAAAUUCGAAGAUGAGAUAGAUUCAAAGUCCCUUCCAACAUCCAAUGGAGUUAUUUCAUCCCCAACACCAACACCCACACCUCCACCAAGUCUGCUGAACCUUGAAGAACAGAGUGAAGUAUUUGAAGGACCACCUCAAAGAAUUUGUCGAAACUUAAUAUACCUUGUUGACUUUGAUGAAACCCACAGACUUGAUUCGGACCAAAUUAGAAAGGCAUUAUUCGGUGAACAAGCACUUCUUCCUGCUUCUCGUCGAUUUAAAGAUUUAAAGACAAUUGUUAAAAUAAGCCAACAAGAAAGUGCAUAUGUAAACGUUCCUGAAGUGAAUGACCCUAUAUUUGAAUCAGCUAAGAAUCUUUCUGAAUCGGAUCCUCUUUUUUCAGAGUUGAAACGGUUACCUCGACUUGGAGAUACAGAAACCAUGGAGGAGGAAGUUGAAGAGGAUACCAAGGAAGUUGAAACCCAGAUAAAUAUCAAUACUCAAGCUCCGACGGGGUUAUACUUACCCAAUGGAAGCAAAAAAGUUUGUCUUAUAUCUGGUACUGAGGUCAAAUACUUUGAUCCUGCCACGGGUAUUCCAUACGGGAGUGUUGAAGUAUAUCGUCUUUUGAAGGGAAUAGAACAAGGUCAUGUACCAUGGUAUAGCAUUAGUGCUUCUGCCAAUGAUGAAGGAGGUGGAGAAAUAUACUUAGGAUCACGUGAAGGACCCAUUAGACAUGCGAAGGGAGUUCCUGAAGGGUUUGACGGUUAA